ACCUCUCUCCCCCUGAGUUCCACAGAGCGAAGAUUGCAACACAGGUAAACACAGUUUCAUGCUGCCUCUGCUUCUACCAUUGAGCUCGAUAUCACCAGUUUUCCGCCUGUAUUUACACUAGAGAUGUAUGGUUCUGAAAAAAUGACUUGGCUGACCAGCUGGGUGCCGGAGAGGAUUGCUGUAGUACCUGACUCUGACGUGGGUAAACUGCUGACGACUAUGCUGGCGACUCUCCUCUUCUGCGUCUAUGUGUUGUGGGUGUGGCGCUCCUCUAGGAACCUGCCGCCAGGACCCUGGGGCCUGCCACUGGUCGGGUACUUACCGUGGCUGAACCAGCGAGCUCCACACCUGACCAUGGUGAAUUUGGUGAAGCGAUAUGGACGAGUGUUUAGCCUCAAAAUGGGCAGCGUGUUGGUGGUGGUAAUGACUGACCCUCAAACUAUACGGGAUAUCCUCAGUCAAAAGAGCAGUACAGGGCGGGCCCCACUAUACCUCACCCACGGCAUCAUGAAAGGUUACGGUAAGUCAGCUUAA